AAAAUUAAAUAAAUAAUAAUAAAAAAUAAUAGAAAAGAAAACAGGUGGGUCCCAACCCUGAUCUCCCAACUUCGAUCGUACAAGAAAGCGGUGGUUCAAGAAGGGGACUCUCAGAUUUCCACGUUUUUACGCUUACACACGUUUCUCCUUCUCCUAAUCUCUUUGCCUAACUAAAUCGAUCAUUAUUUUCCAUUUCCACAAAAUCGAAGAUGGAGAUGUUGGAGAAGAUGUCAGAAACGGUGGCGACGGUAACUGCAGUUGUUGACGACAGUCUUGCGUCGGAAAGCGGGAUUCAGUCUGCUUUUCGCUGGGGCGCUUCCUUCUCUGUCUUGUUUCUGUUAAUCCUAAACCUGUUAGGGAGAAGAUCAAGGCUGCAAGCAUCACUUCUGGCCCUAUUUCUUACAACUAGUCUCCCGGCACCAAUUUUCCAGAUAUUACGAGGCCAGUUUGGAUGUUGGGUUGCUAGUAUUGCUAUUGCCGGAAAUUAUUGCUUCCCCAGUUUAGUUCCAGCUUCUGUCUCUCGUUUUCUUCUCUUUGUCGUGAUGCCGGACUGGCUGGCUUAUGAACUACGUGAGGGUAUCUCUGGUGGCGUGUUCUGUUUGUUGAUUUGUAUUCUAAUUCUAGUUUUGGAGAUACAUGCAAAUGGAGGAUGCGGCAGUUGUUUUUGUAAUUUGCACUGCUGUGCAUAUUGGCUCAGUAUGGUUCUUCUCUUUUUCUUUACUAUACUUUACCUAUGUUUAGGAGCUUUUUAGUGGCUUAAUUCUUCCGCCCGAUGAAUUUUCUUGCAAUGAUGAUAUAUGCUGAUUAAUAUAUAUUUCUCAGAACUGUCCUUUGCUUUGUAAAGUUUGUUAUAGAUACUAGAUACCACCAAAUUAUUUGUACAGAUCACUUCAUAAAAGUAGGAAACUAUCGAAGCAUGGGUUUUCAUUCCAGCCUUGGUUAUACUGUUGUGGGCUGAGUCUGUGUUUGUCAUGUACUAUAGAGUUAUUCAAAUUGGAUCCCAUUUAUUCGGAUGUGAGCAUAACCCGAACUGACUACGAUAUUACAUGUUAGUUACUUCGAAACAGAUUGAAUUCUUCAAGGGCGCUUACCGACUCGCUGAGAAUCUCCAUUGUAGAACCUUGAUUGAUUUUUUUUAGAACUCUUGUUUUUCAACAAUAAAUAACACAUAUUAGGGCUAGGGACAUAGCCUACAUUGGGUGAACCUCAUUAACUCUUUCGUUGAUUUUACAUUUCUUAGCAUUUAAUUCCUCACUCUCUCAUUAACCCAAUCUACAGCACUUGCGGAAUUCUAGAUCGAUUGUUUUGCCUUGAAUUCUCAUUCACAUCAAAGACAAAUAGUUUUGUGCAACUGUUUUAGUGUUUACCCAUGACUAAAUAAUUUUUUUUCAAGGAACAGAAAAGAUUGAGCUGGGUUUUAAAACAUAAUUUUAGAGUUCGCAUCUCAAAAGGUUUUUCUUUACAUAAAAAAUAUGUUCCAUUUAAAAUUGGAAAUACAAAGCAGAAAUUUAGAGGUGUUUAAAAGAGAUUGAACUUUCUGAUAUUUAUUCAAUCUUGUAGUCGAAUUAGACUUUGAUUUGAUUUUGAAAUGGAUUUACAAUAAUGUAAAAAUCAAAAGGACACAAUAUUAAUUUUGAACUGAUUUAAAGCACAGUACAAAGUAGAACUGAAUCGAUGAUUCGAAUGAAUACCUCUGGUAGAAUUAGAUAGGAACACCUAUAUGGGAAUUAGAUUGCUAAGUUGGUUGUUUGGACAUUCAACUUGCUGAACAGGGAGUUCUCAUGUUGAUUCCGAAAUCCUGAUUGGACCAUCUUUUUGUUAUUCUGAUAUUGAAAUGCUGACUCAAAUGUAUGUGCAAUUUUUUUUUUUUUUUUUUUUUUUUUUUUGAGAUAAGCUUUGGUCAAGUUAUAAAAUCAUUUUGGACUGUUAGCACUUAGCAAAAU